AAUUAAGCUAAUCAGUAAUUUGAUUGAAAAAAUAAUUUUAAUGGCAGUUUAAUCAUCAAGAUUUUGUCUUAUCUUAAAUUGAAAACAUUUGUAACAAAUUAAACGAUAUUUAUUUCUCCACGUGUGUUAUUGACCCACUCAAAUUUACCCAUAGGUUGUUUUUAGCUGAAAUUUCAAUGUUUAUAUUUAUAAGUUCCUAAACUUGAUUUCAUUCAUCUAAUUGUCUUUUUAAAAUUUAAUUUACCUUUACCUGCUGGGUACUCUUGGUGAUUAAACAAUUUUUAUUUUUAUUUAUUUAUUUUUUUACUUUACUAGUUACUUCCGUUGGAGGAGGGGAGUGCUUUUGUGGAUCAACAAGUCUCGCGAGAUCUCUUCAGCGGGGAUAAGAAAAUGGAAGCUUGCUAGCAUGAUAGCAAAGCGAUUGAAAACAAUAACUGGAAAAAUAACUAUUUACAACGAAGAAUGGACACACUGGAAAAUAACUUCAACAAUGAAGAUAAUCCUUCAGAGGAGGAGCAGAGUACUUCAGAGGGAACAGACUUGGGUGUUAGGCCAACCCUGUCACAGUUUAGAAAGUCCUGGGGUUUCAGGCGGACAACCAUUGCCAAGAGGGAGUUCAUUGAGGAGGUUGGAGAGAUGGCCCACAGUCCUCCACUUCUUCGGAGGGGCAGAAGUCGCAGAAUCAACCAAACACCGCAGACCCCCUCAGACACUGAAAGUACACACAAACCUCUAACAGCUAGGAGUGUUUUAGAUGACCUCCAGUGGUCCGCCCCAUCUUCACCUCUGUCUGAUGAUGGAAGACUUGCCUCUGAAACUGCAGCAGGAGAUUCUCUCGAUCCCAGUUUAUGGCAGGAUUUUGGUUCUGCCUUCCACACAGCCUUUUCUUUACUUGGUGGAAACGAGGGCCUGUCGAUGUCAAUGAUGGAUUCAGAGGAUGUGUCUGAUGUUCUAGAAGCCUCUGCAGCCCCCAGCCCUCCAGCUAUAGAAGAGAUGGAGGUGGCAGACAGCAUGGAUGCCAUCGGCGAGACACAGCCAGCUAGCUCUGGCUUUGUUCAAGAAGAAAAGAUCAGCGAGACAAUUUUGAUCUCUAGUCAAGAAGAGGACAGCGAUGAACUGACUCUGUUACAGGUGAAAGAGUGUGGCUUCUCCGGCGCCAGGCAAACUGAAACAGUGGCUCGUGGGGGUAAAGUGGGAAGAGGGAGGGCCAGAGGAAGGGGGCGAGGCAGAGGGAGAGGUAGGGGCAGGGGUAGAGGCAGAGGCAGAGGCAGGGCUAAAGCUCUGGAGCUUCAAAAAGACAUUGUUGGUGCAGACGACAGUGAUGAUGAGGUGGUGAUUGUUAGCACAGCCGAGCAAAAAGAAAACAAUCCAGAUAUCCCUCAUGAAAUAGAAGCAUCUUCUGUCAGUGUCUCAGUUGACCCUGCUCUGCAGCUCAGUCCAGAUUGUGUAGUUUUAGAUGAUACAAGUUUGAGUGUCGCUGCUAUACUCGGCCAGUUUGAUGAUGUGCCGGAAGAGAUGGAGGUCGAGAAGAAAUCAGAGAGUUUAAGCACAUGUCCAAGCAUAUCAGACACUGAGGGGAGUGAUCCCAAUGUCCUGUGCUGCCUCUAUCACCAAAAACACGACAAAAGGUUCAUGAUCUGCUGUCACAGCUGCCAGGGGUGGUUUCAUGAUGGUUGUGCUGGUGACAGUUCAACAGAAGUCUGGAACACGCAGAGGAAGGAGCACGGCAACACAUGUCCGCCAUGCGCCGCAAAGACACAGCUUGUAUUAGAAUCUCCCUCCCUGCCAGAACCUGACUUUAGCCUUCCUGAAUGCUUGAGACAAAGUCCUCCGGGAGAGGAGUGUGUGAAGCAAGAGCUGCAGCAAAGCUUGAAGGGAAGUGAAGCUGGCAAAGUGGAGCCGAACUCUCUGGUGAAGAAAUCUGAAGCUGACAUGGAGACUGAUGAUUCUCAUCCUGUGUGCACUGGGCCCGGCUGCUCCAGACAGGCGCUGCCCGAUUCAGUGUACUGUGGCACAGAUUGCAUCCUUCAGCAUGCUGCUAUCACUAUGAAGACACUCUCUGACCCCAAAGUGCCUAAAGCUAAGGGGCGCGGAUCGAGGAAGUCAGCAGGAGACAAACCCACUGCAAAGACACAAAAAGUAGGUCGGAUGUCCAGGAGGUUGGCAGAAAAAUCUUCCCAGGAUGCUGAAGAGGAGGAGAAAAGGGAUGGGGAGAAAGAGGCUGCUGCAUCCUCUAUAACCUGCGACCCCAGUCUCACAGAUGUUCAGUCCACUUCCAUCCCACCAUCUUAUUUAAACACAUCGUCAGUGAAUGAGGAUGACAAAAUCCCAGUGACGCACCAUGAACCUGGAUCUUCUCCCAAACUUCCUGAUGACAAGAAGCCAGCUGUCCUUUCCCAGCCUGAAGUGCAGGAAGCCGCACCACAGAGUCAAACUCCAGAAAAGUCUAAGGACCCUGAAACCAGUAGCGCAUCUUCUGAAGGAUCAGUUACUUCAACAACGCCUUCAGCGGAAAAAUCUAAUCGGGCCCCCAUUUCAAAACCGUCAACCUCUUCAGCUCCCAGACAUCAUGAGACCGGUGCCCUCGUGGUCUCAAAGACCACAUAUGUCAUCCCGAAGAAGCCAUCUGCAUCCCAGUCUUCAUCAAGACACAUUUCAGCAUCAGCAGCCGUCCAGAAACCCUCUGCAGUAAUUGGAUUGUCAAGUGAAACUCGAAUUCUACCCGUCUCGCCGGCACCCAGUGCUCCCUCGUCCAGACCCUGUCAGCCCAACAACCAGAUCAGACAGAGCAUCCAACGUUCCCUCACGAGCAUCCUGCACAAAAGGAUCUGCGAUUGUGAAGAUCUGGAGAUGUCUGAGGGUGAAGUUACAAAGCUUGUUGCAAGCAUUGAAAUGGAGAUGUUUGACAUAUUUCGCAACACAGACAGCAAAUACAUGAACAAAUACCGAUCAAUAAUGUUCAACUUAAAAGACCCAAAAAACAAGGGCCUGCUGUAUCGAGUUGUGCAUGGAGAAAUUAGUACUUUCCGACUGGUCAGAAUGAGUCAAAAAGACAUGCAGGCUAUUACGGCCCCUGAGCCUGAAGCUGCAGAAAAAUCGCAGAAAAAGGAUGGAGCUGCUAAACUGACAAGUUUGCAGAAACCUGAAGCUGUGAAGAUUGAUUUGCCCAGUUUGAAUCCUCCUAGACCUGAGAAGAAAUGUGAAAUCUUGGACCAGAAGAAGAACCCUCCUCCUCCUCCUCCUUCAAAGGCCAGAGCUGUUUACCCUAGCCAGGAUAGUGCUGCUCCAGAUAUUCUUUCCUGCAUGCUAAAGGAUACAACGUCAGAACACAAAGCUCACCUUUUUGAUCUGAAAUGCAAGAUCUGCACAGGUCAGAAACAAGGCACAGAAGUGGAAGAACCUGUAAAGAAAAAACCUAAAUUGUCUGUGACAAAAGAUAAAAAUGAGCCGCUCUGGAAAAAAUCUGCAGAUGACUCUCCUUUGCGAGCACCACCUGACUUCGCAGAUUUGCCAGCAUCUUCCUCGAUGGAGUCCUUUUCCCACCUUUCAGACUCCCCUAAAUUGACUAUUGUGGAAUCUCCUGCUUCACCAACAAUGGAUUCACCAGCAUCUCCUACUUUUGAAUCUCCUGCUUCACCUGUCAUAGAAUCUCCUGCUUCCCCAACUCCAGACUCAUCUUCUGUAACUCCAUCAAAGAGAGGAUAUGCGCCUGUCGUGAUUCCGGCUGUUGCUACAGUUAGCAUUGUGAGGCGUGAUCCCCGCACUGCAGCGAGCAGGAUGGCUAGUUCCUCUGGUAGCACCAGUAGUCCUAUUAACACAAUUCAAAGCCAAGCUCCCUCUUAUGCCCCAGUGAAAAACACUCCUCCUUCAUCUUCUGCCCCAUCAUCUUCACUGCCAGUGCCCAAAACAUUACCCAAAUCUAUCCUACUGAAGCCAUCUUCAACUUCUGAUCCCAGACUUUAUGGCUCAUCUUCAAGAGCCAUAGCCUCUAAAACUCCAGCUGAAGGUGACACUGCUCAGUUCCUAGCCAAGCAAGACACUCUAUGGAAAGGUUUUCUGAACAUGCUCACUGUCACCAAGUUUGUCACAAAGGGAUACUUGGUUUCAGGAUCAGCAGAAAACCUCAAAGCGGAUCUACCUGAUACGAUACAAAUUGGAGGCAGAAUCUUGCCUGAAACUGUGUGGGACUAUGUUGAAAAACUAAAGACCUCUGUUACAAAGGAGUUGUGUGUGAUUCGGUUUCAACCAGCAACAGAGGAGGAGGAGGUGGCGUACGUCUCCCUUUUUUCCUAUUUCAGCAGCAGAGGUCGUUUUGGAGUGGUGGCCAACAUCAGCCGUUCGAUUAAGGAUGUGUACCUUGUCCCACUCAGUGCAAAAGAAUCCGUCCCAUCUAUGCUACAACCUCUUCAAGGGCCAGGGUUUGAAAAAAAUCGACCCAAUCUUCUCUUGGGUUUAGCAAUUGUCCAGAAGGCAAGACGUCAAGGAACCUCUCCUCCAGAAAUUGAAGAAAAGAGAUCCAAGGUUAACAUGUCCAAAGAUCCUAUGUGGAUCCCAAAACCACCAGUCCUUUAUGGGUCUGAUAAAUUGGAUAUGUUUCAACCCUAUGAUCCAGAAACACCUGCUAAUGCCUCCCCUCCUUUAUCACCAUUGGAUUCCUCAGCUUCUGGAUCUGUUAAAACACCAUCUGUUUUAACCUCCCGCAGAGCGCCCCUUCCUGUCCCAUCUGUUGUUGCCCCAGAGUCAACAUCAAAUAGCAACUCGGGCAAGAAUCCAACACAAGCAUCUAGUGAGAAGACUCCACUACAAUCCAUUUUGAAAACUUUGUUUGGAAGUAAGCAGUCUGACUCUGAAGAAGGUUCUGCAAAACCAGCGCUUGGUGCCAGAAAGAACCCAGUGUCUCUAAUGUCUGACUCACUUGUAGAUCCAAUUGUCCAACAAUAUGGACAAAAAUCUAAAGUCCUAAACUUGGAAGAAGAGGAAAGUGACUUUGACAGACCAUAUGACCCUGAAGAGGAGUAUGAUCCUGCAAUGAAGCAAAAAAUAGUUACCCUACAGACAAAGGAAACAACAGAUGGCUCUACAUUAUCAGACUUUGUGGAAGAUGAUGUGGCCUAUGAUCCAGAAGAUGAAACCAUCUUUGAAGAUAUCCAAAGUAAUAAAGCCAUAAUAAAGCAGCCUGCUCCAAUUCAGACAUUGGAUUCUCCAUCACAUCCAGAACCAGAUUUCACUUCUACUUCAGCACAGAGUUCUGUUCCAAUUUCAGUCAAAUCUGAACUUCCCUCUGGUACUGUGGUUGUCUCAGCUGCAACACUAACUGAGCAGCAGAGGAUGCUCGAAGAACUCAACAAGCAAAUAGAAGAGCAAAAACGUCAGUUGAAAGAGCAGGAAGAGGCAUUACGGCAACAAAGAGAAGCUGUGGGUAUGUUCAUGGCUCAAUUUUCUGUUUCUGAUUCUCUAAUGUCUCCUCCAACAAAAGUGAUGCCUCUCAGCAAGCUAUCAUCUGUGGAGUCUGGUUUGUUAAAGGCGGAACCUAGACCUUCAGACAAAACCAACAUUACAGGGGCAGAUGGCAUUCCAAAAGUGAUUCCCACAAUGUUUAAGAAAGAGGACACUGUCCCGAAAGAUGAUAAAACAAAGCCUGAUACAACACAGACAAAUGUUGAGGAACGUGACAAAUAUUCCUCUGCUGGAGAGAUUGAUGACUCUGACGUUGCUUAUGAUCCAGAGGAUGAGUCACUUUUUGAUGAAAUACAAGAUGAUGUUUUUAAAGGAGGGAGUACAAAGACGAGUGAUAUUUCAUUUAGAUCGAGACAUAAUGACAGUAACAGUGUAGGCUCUCCAGAUUCAUACCAUAGCAAAAAGAUGAAAUCCUCACCAAAACGACGGAGUCGUCGCGAAAGGCACCACCAUGGAAGUCCUUCAAGGAGAUCCCAGCCUCGGUCUCGCUCCCGUUCGAGUAGACAUAGAGACAGAGAUAGACAUAGACGAAGUGAAAGGGACAGGUCGAAGCAUAGGGCCAGAGAUCCUUCAGAUCGACAGAGACACCAUCACAAAGAUUCCAGUGCUUACCGACAUUCUCGAGGACGCAGAAGAUCUCCAUCAUCUCCUCGAAAAAAGCAUUCUGCAUCUCUUUCUCCAAAACAACACAGGCCCCCCUUAACUCAAGGUACUGAAAAAACAAGAGAAAGUAAUCUUCUUGAUGCUUCUGACUUGGUUGCAGAGAUUAAAUCUCCCCAAGUUCCAAUUAAAAAUGAUCCUGAUGGAGAUCAUCUGGAAUCCAUUUCACAGAUGGCAGGAAAGGACACACUCAAAACUACCUAUGGUAUAAAGACAGAGAUUCCAGAUUUGCCAGUGUGUCAAAACAUUGAAAAUAAGGUCUCUAGUAGUAAUCUUUCUACACAGACAGGUAAAUCUGCUCAGCAGGGCUCAUUUUUUACAGAUAAAUGUGAAAACCCAAUUCCAUUAAGGGAAAUUGAUCCUCCCAUUCGAGAUUCUCCUGAGAGCCCUGAUCCAGACCCACAAUUUGUAAAACCUUCCCCCAUAGAAGGCGAUGAUUGUACUGAAUCUGGGGAUGUCAAAGAUCCAGAAGAAUCUACCAAUGACUCUGUGUCAAUUAAAUCUGAAAAAAUCUCUUUACCAAUUAGUAGUGAAACAACCACUUCUUUCGAAGUACUAAACCAACAAAGCUUUGGUGCCAGAGGUCAAUUUACAACAGAGCAAAUGGACAGGACAAUAGCAAACAUGAUUGUACCAAAUUCCAACAAAAAUGUUUUGCCUUUAUCCACUCUGGAAAAUUUGAGGAUGAAAAAUAUGGGUAGUUUACUGAUUGUUAGCCAAGAGGUUAAAGAUCUGCGACUAGCUAUGCAAUCAAGAGUUGUCUCACAUUCACCAGUGGAAGAAUCAAGAAAGCAAAAUGAGAAAGCAAAUAGAGACAGAGAAGACCUAUUGGUAAAUAGACCUGCGCCCGAUAAUGUAAUCUCACAGCCAAGGGAUCAGUUGUCAAGUGCUGAUGGUUUAAAAACAGAUUCAAGUGGAGAGCACUAUCAACAACAAGGCUUGCCUUUAAAAAUGGAGAACCUUCAGCCAAAACCUGGGGACACAAGUAAAUGGUCAGAAGUUUUACAGGGAGAAAAGGAUAUAACAUCAAAUAAUUCAAAUCCAGAUUGGAAAUGCCAUGAGCCUUUCCAGAACAAAGGUCUUCAUACUCAUACUAGAGAUUUUGAAUGGAAUGUACCAAGAUUUGACAAGAUUGACGAUCAGUGUGAUAAGAGUGGGGCAGUUGUUUUUGACAGAAAAGAUGUUGAAAGCUUGCAAUGCAGACAGCCAGAAAGUUGCAUGAUAGCUACAAGCUUAACAAAUAAGGAGAAACCAGGGUGUUCAGGUUUCAUGGGACUUAGGACAGAAAUGAUGGGUCCUGACAUGCAUGACAAACAAGUAGGACAAGGACCUGAAGGGACAGUAAGCAAUAUGGGGAAGGUGUUUUCGCGGGAUUCAGGUUUUAAUAAAACAGGACCUGUAAGGGCUGGUUUAGAAACUAAGCUUCCAGUGCAAGACAGAAGAAGACAAGAGGCUUCUGAUUUCAUUGGGCAAAAAUAUGAAGGAGGUCCAUCUUUGUUCAAUAAGGUACCUGGUAUGAGAGAACAAAGUGGUAUAGGGUCUUUUGGGCCAUGUUUGAAGGACAAAGGUUUAGCCGUGGGCGUGCUUCACCCUGACAGAAAAGGUUUUGUUGGGCCACAUUUCAUAGAACAAGGUCUUGAAAAAAAGGGUCUAAUAAUAGGGAAACAAGGACCAUACAUAAAAGAGUCAGCUGGCCCAGAUUUAGGAAAUAAAUGGCCUUUAAGGAGAGGACAGGAUGUUGUAAAUCCAGGACCUGGUAUGAGCAGUUCCAUGGAGGAAUCUGGGCAUGACACCAACAAAACAGGAGGUCAAGGUUUUAUUGGAGGACAACGCGAAGGGCAGUGUCAAAAUACAGAGCCGUCUUGGAAUAAAAUUGAAGGCCCUAGACACUCAGAUUUCAGAGAACAGAGGCCUGGAGGCAGAGGCUUAUCUGUAGAAGAUCCUAACCUCUUUAAAAAAGAACAUCCCGAGCUACAAUUUGAAGGACCAGGGUAUGAAAGGGAAAGACUAGAUGAAGGAGGUACUCACAUUAGAGGACGUGGAGGUCCAGUUUUUAGAGGGCCACGUCCCAACCAAAGACACUUUUCCAGGGAGACAGCUGGUCAAGGUUUGGAAAUGGGUCCAGAUUUCUGUGAAUUGGCACCCGAUCUUAAAAGCUCAGAUAUUCAUGAUCCAAGGGUUGACAAGAGAAUGUCUGAAAAUUCUGAUUUUAGUAGGCCUGGUCUCAAAAUGAGAGGUCCCACUUUAGACAACCAAUAUGCUGAGAGUAGAGGACCAAGAGGGUCAGAUGUCUGGGUACCUGGUUCAGAAAGGAUGGGUCCUGGAGAACAAAACAUUGGUGGAUUGGGUCCUGACAGAACAAGAACUUUUAUGGGGGAUAAAGGCAGUAACUUCAUGGGAGGGGGGCAGGAACAACUUGGCCCAGGUAAAGAAGUUCAAGGGCAUCACAGUAAACGAGUAGGGCAAAAAUUUUGGGAUCAUGGGGCAGAUGGUAGACAUCCAGAUUUUAGAGAACCAGAUACAAAUCUAGGUCUAGCAGGUCCAGUACCUCGCAGGAGAGAAGGUGGAGGUCCAAAUGAUGGAAGACCUGGACCUCAACACACUAGUCUCAACAGGGAAAGCCUAGGUCCAGAUAGAAGAGGUCCAGAAGCUCCAAAUGUCAUAUUUGGGAAAGAGAGAUUUCCCCCAAAUGUGGAAGAUAUGCCAAACAAGUCUUUUCCAAGAGGCCCACAGUUUAGGUCUCUUGAGCCAGAAAUAGCACAGCCAGAUAGAGAGGGCCCACAGUUUGGCAGAAGAGGGGCACACUUUGGAAGUGUGGGGCCUGAUAGAACUACCAUGGGGAGUCAAAGGCCUAUUGGUAGAUAUCCGAAUAUUGUAAGAAGACCAGAAAUUGAUGAAAGAGCUCCUGGCAGUGACAUUCCAAUUAAUGAAAGACAAAAAACAGAAGGCUUAAGCUUCAGGAAACCUUGGCUUGAGGGACACUGUGGGGAGGAGGAGGGUGAAAGACAUGACUGGAGAGAAUCUGGUUCCAAUUUGAGAAAUCCAAGCAUUAGGCAUCAAGGGACAAAUUCAGAGACACUGAGACAUGAUGAAUGGGUAGAACCUGAAUCUGUUCAAGAAAGUCCUGGUACAGAAGCGCCAAGGUUUCAUAGAGCAGAUCGAAACUUUAGGGGUCGGGGACCCAUGAGAAGACGCUCAAGAGGAGCAGGACUCAAUGUUCGCUCAUUUGGACCUGGAAGGUGUGACACAGAAUCUGUAGAGAACUGGACUAAUAGGAGAAUGUCUAACAUCGAAGCUAUUGACAAUAGAAGGGGGAGAGGGGACAGACAUGGCAUAAGUAUGAAUUCUAAUCAUUAUCGUCAAGACGACCUAGACCAAGAACAUAGUCAGCAAGAAAUUCAUGGUGAAUGGCAGCAAGAUUUUCAUGGUGAAUGGGAUGACUUUUCAGAAAGUGAAGGAGGGAUCUUGCAAGAAGAGCAGGAUGUUCAAUUUUCAGACCAUGCAUCAGGUCCUGGAGAUGAUUGGAAUUGCACAGAUUUUGGAAAUAGGGGGCCUAAUCAGGAUAAUUCAGAUGACUUUUUUCCUGUACCAGGUGGUGAGAGACAAGAAAACGAAUGGAGAGAACCUUGCAAAAGAGUUAGUGGCCCUUUUUUUAGAAAGGAAGGGGAUCGAGGAACAAGAGAACAAUCCUUUGAUAGAGGCAGAAGCAGAGGAAGAGUGAGAGGAAGAAGUAGAGGCAGAGGAAUGGGUAGAGGAGGAAGAGGGUCAGCAAUGCAACACAACAUAGAUAGAGCUCAACCUUUUCCAGGAGAUCCAGAUUUGUUGGAUUCAUUUCCAAACAGGAAUGAAUCAGAGAUGAUGGAUUAUAACGAAGAUGCCCCAUUGGAUCCUGAUUUUAGACCCCCAGGACCCAGAUACAGAAAUUCCAUCCCUGAUUACCCAGGUUUUGACGAGGAGGCUUCAGAUUUUGGGGAGGGGAAAUCUGAAAUGCUCAGUGUAGACACAGAGGACCAUGAGCAUGACUUAAGAGGGGAAUGGAGAGGUCCAAAUAUAAGACAGCGUCGUGGGCCUAGUAAUUGGGACAGAAGCAUGGAGUUUCCCAUGUCUGAUAAAAGACGUGCAGACGUAAAGGAUGAGCGACAAGGAUUUAGAGAUCAGUCUGCCAAGAGGGAAAGAAGAGGUUCGCAUGUACCAGGGAGAUUUCAGGAUUUUUGUGAAUCACAUUCAACAUUGUUCAAUACUCCAGGUCCAAGCAGAGGAAGAAAAACAAUACCUGUCUUUAAUAGACCACAAAACCAACCAGUUGCAGAACCCCAGAGACACAGAAGUGCCUUACUUCCGACUCCAAAAGAAGGUCCUUUAUUACGACCAGAUCAUUCUGUAAAUCAUGAUGCUUUUAGCAUGACAGAAAAACAAAUGGGUCACCCAAAACAUGUGGAACCAGACAGAAGCAGAGUAAUGGACUCCCGACACAGAGGGCGAGCAAGAGGGCAUAGAUGGUAAAGCCUAACUUGUAAUAACAUUUGAGUCAAGAAAAAGUUGAUGAUAUCAUUAAUUAUUUAUGUGCAAAAAUGAUCUAUCAGUCAAAGAAGCUAGUUGGCAUUACUUUCAAACAGGAGCUAAAAAAUAUUUUUUGUAAAACAUAAAUACAAAAUAAUCUUUUACCUUUACUUUUACCAUGAACCAAAACUACUAAAAUACACAUUAUACUGUAUUGUAUAAACUUGUAAAUUCAUUGGUCUGUUAAAUACUUUUUUUUUUUUAACCCUAUAAUUUCAACAUAAUCUGUAGGCACAACCUUUAAACAUUUGGUUUGGGUGUUUAAUACAGAAAUAAAAAAAAAUGUCUGUAACCUUAUGUUCUUGUUCGUUUUGCUGCAUUUAGACAGUUUGUAGUUGGCUAAUGCUCUCAAAGAUCAGUUUGUAUUUAAUGCAAUGUAGUGUUCAUGGUAGAACAAUGCUCUGAAUGUUGUACAGAUAAUGUACAGCUCUUUUCUUUGUAAUCAUAAUGUGACCAUUGUAGUGUUCGUUUGACUUGUAUAUUUUGCAGAUUGAAAAACAACCUUUUUCAGUAUCUUUUAAAAAUGCAAGUAGUCAAUAAAAUUGCAUGUUUUAAAAAAAAUCAAA